AUGGAGUUUAAAGAAGAGGACUUUCCAUUUUGGGAAGUAGAGGAAGAAAAUGCAGGCCGUCCGAUCUGGAAUUCGAGGUCUCCGAUCAUCUCGAAGAUUCUUGAAUGUAACAUCCGCUUCACCGUCGACUCAGCGACGGCGAAAGGAGCAAUAAUAAGCGGAGCUAGGGUAUUUUCCCAAUCAGCAAUAGGGUAUUCCCCAAAUUCCUGAGAAACAGUCACGUCUCGAGUCCUUGAUCUUCUCCGAUCCAUUUCUUUGAUUGAUGCCUCUAAGGUGAGUGCAACUACAAGUUUUAAGAACGACUUGCAACUGGUGGAAGUAAUUAUGGCCGUGGAAGAAGAAUUCGCUGUUGAGAUCCCUGACAAUGAUGCGCAGAAAAUUGCAACUACAUGUCUUCUCAUGGACUUCAUAGCAGCCCAUCCACACGCCAAAUGGGAUCCCUUCCGUGGCUAGAUGAAGUCCUGUUGCCAACUUUGUUCUUUCUCCUAUCAAAAUCCUGUACUAAUUUUGCCGUGGGUAAUGACAAUCGAAUUUGCCAUGCCUCAAAAAAUUGAAGUACUCUCUGUCUUUUGGAAUGAUAAAGAUGGUUAUUAAUGUCAAAUUUGGUUCUGCGGCUAA